AUGGCCGUUAACGUAAUCAACCACCAGCAUGUCAACUGCUACAACUCGGUGUAUGAAUGUGCCAUUGAUGUUGAGGAUCCAAACGGUUAUCACACGGGACGCUACUUUCCAGUGACAUUGGGGAAUGAGUUUAAGGGCGGUAGAUACCGUGUUCUGCAUAAACUUGGGUGGAGUGGAUUCGCAACUGAGUUCAGAGUUCUACACCACCUCCAACAAUCCAGCGUUGCCCAGGCAAAUGUUGGCCACCCAGGUCGUGCUUCAGUGCUCCAGCUCCUUGACCACUUUGAGCCCGCAACUCCAUACAUGGGUUUGAUAUUCCCGGUCAUGGGCAUGGACCUUCGUUCUCGGAUAGACGCCCAGCACGGACAACGCUUGCCAAAGCAGGUUGCGCUAAACGUCUGUUCCCGAGUAGCCCUCGGUUUGGACUACCUCUGGAAAUGCGGCAUUGCACAUGGAGAUUUAUAUUCUAAAAAUGUCCUCUACUCUGCCCCUGCUGUAUCUCAACUAUCAGAAGAUGAGAUUAUGCCUUACUUGGGGAAACCGGUGACUGGCAGGGUUCAAAUGACAGACGGUCAAAGCUCUUCGCCUUCGAUGCCGCCUUACUUGGUCCGACCAGUUUCAAUCCGCGGUGACGAUAUGGACAUUAGAAUUGCUGACUUGGGGAACGGUAGAUAUUCUAACUUGCCAAAGGCUUUUUCACAGUACUAA